AUGAAUUUCGGUGGCUCUAGUUGGGGCAGUUCGACUGGGUUCGGCGCUAAUGCCAAUUCCAGCGGCCCAACCGCCACUUCUGCGCCUCUUGGCGGUGGUUUAUUCGGCAAUUCCUCCACGCAAAACAACAAUCCAAACAACACCUCCAGCACUCAACCAGGACAGCAGGGUCUUGGCAGCAGUCUCUUUGGAAACAGUCAGGAAGGUUCAAACAAGAGAGCCAGUACGGGUCUUUUUGGUUCAAGCACCAGUAACCAACCAUCUGGUGGUCUUUUUGGCAACUCAUCUACAUCUUCUCAGGCACCAGGUGGAGGCCUUUUUGGGAACUCAGCUAAUAAGACUGGCGGUGGACUUUUUGGAAACUCUUCUACGCUGACCAAUACGGCGGCUCCAUCUGCUCCUGGACUUUUCAAUAAACCUGCAACUGGUGGUGCUCCUAGUGGGGGUCUCUUUGGCAACUCUUCUAGUAUCAAUUCCAGCUCUGGAGGUUUAUUCGGUGGAUCCAGUAAUACUGCUGGUUCGGGAGGUUUGUUUGGAAAUUCAGCUCAGAAACCAGCUACUGGUGGUCUUUUUGGAGGUUCUAAUACCUCUGGAGGCGGCAUGUUCAGCAAUCCAGCAACUUCAGGUGGUCUUUUUGGAAACUCCUCUUCCACACAACAACAGCAACAGCAACCACAACAGGCUUCAAUUAACAGUGCCGAUCCUUAUAACUCAGGCCAGAUCUUGUCCACUAUCCAGAAUUCAACAAAUACAAUGCCUGCUUCGCUUACGGGAUCGCUUUUCGCCAAUUCUUCCAUUCGCCUGCCUUCCAUUACAGAACCUUCGAAGCAACCACAGCGAAAAUCGUCUUUGCUAGGUAGAUUGGCUCAGACGUUCAAUAUUUUCCGUUACAAUACCGACAUGUCAAGCUCGAACUCUGGCGUUGGGAAAUUGAAAGGUCUUUUCACUCAGCUGAAUUACAUUCGUGAAGGACCUCAUCAGAAUCGUCUGAAUUUGGGUGUUAAGAAACCGCAAAAGAGAUUCUCUCGUUUACCUAUAGAAAAUAAGUCAGUGGGAGAAGUCAAGCGUCUUGUCAUUCAAUCAAGGCCCAGCAAAUUCCACCAAAUUAACGCCGACAAAGUCUUUAGCGCAAAGAAGCGUCGUGUUUUGGUGCUGUCUCUUGACAACCAUCUCAUCGGUAAUGAUUAUGAAGAAUUUGAUGUCGAUAAUGAAAACGUACAGCUGAAGGAUGAGUCUUUCAGAAAGGAAAAGACUCCACAGCAAAAGGAAGAACCCAAGCAAGAAGAGCAAACUGAUACCAACGGAUACUGGUGUUCGCCAUCAAUAGAAGCAUUAGAACAGAUGAGCCCUGAACAAUUGUCUUCCGUGGAUGGCUUCAUAGUCGGCAGAAAGUCGAAGGGUCAGAUUGCAUACGUUUUCCCUGUCGAUCUCACGACUAUUUUCGAUAGAUGCAGACAGAAUGACGUUCCUUUUUCAUCUGUUCUUUUUGACGAUAUCAUCAAAAUCGAAGACGGCUUUGUGAAGGUAUACUUUGACUACGAAGCUGCUAAACCACCCAUCAGUCGUGAACUUAACGUCCCUGCUAUCAUUACAUUGAAGUCAGAGCCUAAGAAGAGAUCCCUUGAUGAGCAUAUUAAGAGACUUAAAAAUGUCGUGGGUGCAGAGUUUGUCACGUAUGACCCUAUUGAAUAUUACUGGACUUUCAAGGUUAAGCAUUUCAGUGUCUGGGGUUUGAUUGAUGACAGUGAGGAUGAGGCUGACGAAACCGAGGACCGUAAGCGUAUACGUGCGGUCAAGAAGAAACAAGAUGAACAGGAGGAAGAGUCUUCUAGGUUAUACUCAAGAAUCUACGAAGAUCCAGCAUAUCAACAAGAGCUCAAGCGCCAGAAGGUUAUCAGACAAAGUGAAGGCGUUCCAGGAGCUUGGGAUUACGGCAGUAUAGCAAAGCAUGACACUUCUCUUGCAAUGAAGCAACAGGCAGUUGAGGAUGAAAUUACGCGGCAAGUGAAGUCUUAUAAAGAAGACAAAUCUGCUAAUGCUUUGGCUGCCAACGUCAGUGAUAUCACUGUCCAGUCAAGUUCCGAAGAAGACGAAGAAGAUGAUAUUCUGGUCGAUGUUCCUGCUGCAUAUGGCGACGACAACAAGUUUGACUACCUUAAACAGAUUGUUAGUGUGUUGCCUCCUUACACUGACAUGAGGAGUCUUGUGGAUGAGAAAGCUUACGAGCCUGUGCUAGACAGUGAGAAUGCCUUCCUCAACUUGAACAAACCAACUAAUUUGCCAACAUCUGAAGACUGGCUUGUUCAACUUGAGAUGUCUAAUGAUCUCAAUUCUGCAUUGACACCUUAUAUUGCUGUUCCACGUAAAUCUGGACUGGCUCUUCGAAAUGUGAACGACAUUCUAUUCUCAGAUUUCAACAAGAGCUCGGUUGGCAUUGAUCAAGUGUCUACACCUAUCAAGGAUAAAGCACCUUUGGCUGUUUUUGAGAAAGAACCAAAGCUCAAUAGCAGGAUUGUCACCAGUAUUGUUCAGACUCUUCUACUUAAUUCGCCUGUGUCGAGCAGGUCAAACAACCUUCCGUUGAUCAAGGUGCCAGCCAGCAUCACUUUUGCUGAAUUGGCCGCUAUCGAUCAAGAUAACUCGGAGGUGUUGAAGCUUGCAUCUAUUUUGUUUGAUCCUUUCCAUGUGAAGAACUCGCCAAAAUACAAAGACGUCGAUGAAACCGACAACAAGCUUGUCAACCGUCUACAGCAAAUUGAACAAAGGACGGCCCUUUCUGGAUGGCUCCAGCGUCACAAUAAAGAUAAGCUUCAGCUUUCGGGUGACACCUUGCAUAACGUUUUCAUCAAAGUCGUUAAUGGUCAGUUGAAGGAGGCUAUCGAGCUUGCAAUUUCUUCAAGGAAUGUGCACCUUUCAGUCUUGUUGACUCUUCUUGAUUCUAAUGAUAAAGCAGCUAAAGAAAUUGCCAGAUCCCAACUUGAAGACUGGCCCACGGAAGAUAACCUUGUUCCAGCGCCUAUUUUGAACAUUUACCACAUCUUGAGUGGAGAUUUUAGUGCUUUGGAUUCUAUUGUUUCUCCAAUCGUGAAGUUUGCUGUGCUUGUCAACUAUGGAAGUUCUACCACCACAGUCCAAGAAUUAUUGGAUAACGUUGACUUUGCCAACGACGACAGUGAAGUAGCAAGUCUCCUUGAGUUCUACAAAGAAUAUCAAAAGAACGGCAAAGAAGCAGCUAGCCGUCAACUUCAAGGCUCUGAAACCAAGGUUUCACUCAAGUGGACCCUUUCACAACUCUUAGAUCUCGAUAGAACGUCAAAUGACUUCUUCUGCGAGAAGUUCGGUUCAGGAUUGGAAGCUUAUGGUCUUUGGAAAGAAGCUCUUUUUAUCUACGCCAUGAUCACCAACGACACCAAGGCCCUGGAGAAGCUCAGGCAUGUUGUGAUGAGCAACGUGACACACAUCAAGGGUGAUACUGUUGAUGAAGAAGACUACUUGGCCAAUGUGCUCAAGAUCCCAAGAAGCUUGAUCUACGAGGCAGUUGCUGAGGAAAAGAACCGUGAGAAAGACUUCUGGGCCAAGGGCGAUGCCUUGGUCACUGCCGAAUUAUGGGACAGGGUUCACGAGAACAUUGUGGCCGAACUAGGCCCUACUACUGUGAUCCAAGGCGAUUACAGUGCCUGGAGUCGUCUUAUUGCCAUGAUCGAUCGAUUCCCAGAUAAUGGCCGUAUUAUCCCAUCGUGGAACCAAGGUGGUGGUCUCUUCUCAACCUACUUCGAGACCUUGCAAGCGUUUGAGAAGUUUGAAGAGGUUUCCCCAGAGAAAAUAACUUUCUUACUUGAAAACCUUGCUCAGUUUGACACUGAAGGCCGUUUCAAGUCUCGUGCAGCCGUGAACAUCAUGCUUAAGACUGUUGGUGACGCUGCGUUGGACAGAAAGGAGCCUUUUAAUGCCUUAAAGGAGAAGUUGCAGGCGAUCGACAUGGGCGAAAACGAAAAGGUUUACUUUGACAGCCAACCAGAACACUGUCCUGGCCCAGAAUCUGAAAAUGCUGGCCAAGGCGAUGCCUGUAAAGGCUGUCCAAACCAAAACAUAUGUGAAUCGCUUCCUAAAGGUCCAGACCCAGAUAUUCCAGCCAUCACACAACGACUUCUGAACAUUCAACACAAGAUCUUAGUGCUUUCCGGUAAAGGAGGUGUAGGUAAAUCAACCUUCUCAUCGAUGCUAGCGUGGGCUCUAGCAGCAGACGAAGAGCUCGAAGUUGGAGCUAUGGAUCUAGAUAUUUGUGGGCCUUCGCUUCCUCGGAUGCUUGGCGCCGAAGGUGAAAGCAUCCACCAGUCCAACUCAGGCUGGUCACCUGUUUAUGUAGCAGACAACCUUGGGCUCAUGUCGAUCUCGUUCAUGCUUCCCGACCCCGACCUGGCGAUCAUCUGGCGAGGCAACAAGAAAAACGGGCUCAUUAAGCAGUUCCUUAAAGACGUCAACUGGGGAGACCAUUUAGACUAUUUGAUUGUGGACACACCUCCUGGCACCAGUGACGAGCAUUUGUCUGUCACGACAUACAUGAAGGAUGCUGGUAUAGACGGUGCUCUCCUCGUCACUACCCCACAGGAAGUGGCCCUUUUAGAUGUCAGAAAAGAGAUUGAUUUCUGUCGCAAGGCCAAUAUCAAGAUCUUGGGCCUCGUGGAAAACAUGUCGGGCUUCGUAUGCCCUAGUUGCCACGGCGAGCUGAAAAUUUUCAAACCCACAACGGGAGGGGGUGAGCAGCUCUGCAAGGAUAUGAACAUUCCGUUCCUAGGCUCGGUGCCUCUAGACCCCCGUAUUGGGCGGGCCUGCGAUAACGGAGAAAGCUUUUUUGACGACUACGCGGAUUCUCCUGCUUCUACUGCUAUUUUAGACGUUGUUGAAAGACUCCAGGACCAGGUCGAAGUUAGCCUAGACAAACUAACCAUUUCUUAG